UUUUCAGAUUACCCGGAGCAACUUGUAGAGCUGAUCAGACGAGAGUACGAGGGUGCUGUAUUGUUUCCGUUCCCUUGGUGUGAGGAUGAAUUGGAAUUCGAACUGGCCAAGAUCUUUACAAGACUAAAGAUCGUUUCCCGUGAGAAAGAACGAAAGAGGUUAACAGAUGACCUCGUCAAAAUGACUGAGGUCUUUAGAGCACUCAAAAAAUGUAAGAAACCAAGAGUGGUGUUGAUCGAGGGGCCACCUGGGAUGGGCAAAACCACCUACUGUCAGAAGCUUGCAUAUGAUUGGUCUGUGGGGGAAAUUACAACUGAACCUUCUUUUCCUGAAGUGGACAUGUUCCUUAGGCUGACUUGUCGGGAUAUGAAGACUGCGAACAUUGAGGACGCUAUUGAUGAUCAGCUAUUACCAAUUGAUGUAGACAAGAAAGACAAGGAAAAGUUCUUCCAUUUCAUUCGCCACAAUCAAACUAGAAUCUUGUUGGUGCUUGAUGGAUUGGAUGAAUUACCGAAGAAGCUGUUCGAAGAAUUUAUGCCUUUGAUUUCAGGGAGAGUAUUUCCUUUGACCUACGUCAUGUUAACAGCUCGACACGAAGCUGGAAUGAAAGUUCGGCGACACUGUGACGCGCUGUUUGAGAUUGUGGGCUACACCAAAGAAGACGCAGACGAUUAUAUUACUAAGUACUUUAGCAGCCACGAGAAACCGAUUCUUGCUAAGAAACUAAUCAUGGAAAUAGACAGGGACUCACAGCUUAGAGAAUUGACUGCCAGUGCGCUUAACACAGCUCUUCUAUGUCUUGUUUUUGAAGAUACAGGCGGAGUAUUACCUUACAACAGAACCAUGUUGUAUUUUGAACUUGUCAGCUGUGUUCUUAGAAGAUAUUGUUCAAGAAGACAAAUCUCUUUGGACGACAAAGAUCCCGUAAAAAAGUACACAGAGCAGCUAAAUCAGCUAGGAGAGCUGGCUCUCGAAGCUCUGCUCAAAGAUCAAUUAUCUUUCACUUUUGAAGAGCUGAAAAGUCAUUCAACCGAAUUCCUUGAGCUUGGAUUUCUUUCUCGACAGCCUAGUGCAAGCAGAAUUAAACCGAAGCCAUCGUACGCAUUUAUCCACAAGACUUUUCAGGAAUAUUUCGCCUCGUUCCACCUGGCGCAUGAAUUGCUAACUACUGAAAGGGACAAAGCCGCCCUGCUGGCACAGCUUACUCCAGUUGAUAAGUACUGGCAGAUAUGGAAGUUUCUCAUCACAAUGGCUGCAAGUAAAAGUGAUGAUACAGCUGCUUUCCUGGUUUCCAGUAUAUGCGCUGCCUUUCCGCAUCGAAAACCAGGUCAAUUCUUUUACCGUCCUUAUGUACAGCAAGCAAAAGACAGGGAUGACAAACCAGUGUUGUUCACUCUUCCCUAUAAAUACGACGAUGUCUGCAGAGAUGCUAAGUAUUAUUGGGAACCACUUAAUCGGGGGAUGCCUUUUCCAGUCGGCAGGGAGUCUUUCGUAGUGAAAACAAUUGCAGCUAUUGCUCAAUGUGAACAUCCUAAUACUGGAAUCAAACCCUACCAAAUCAAGAUGGCCGGUGCACUCGCACGCUGUUUUCCAAUGGAUGAAAUAACAGUGAAUGGUCAUUACUUUACCUUGAACUCUCAAUUUUUUGUUAUGUUCGAAUUUCUUAAUGGCAACUGCAAACUGAACAAAUUAACUUGGGAACUCAAUGUAUCAGCUGCAGCAGCACUUGUAAGUGUUCUUAAAGCAUGUCAUACUCUGAAGCACUUACGUUUGACGAACGGCUCGUACAUCACAUCAAUUACUCCAGCUCUUCAGGCCAAUCACACGGUAACGCAUUUAGAUAUGCGUGAAGCUGGAGUUGGUGAUGUGGAAGCCGAAGCACUCGGAAGAGUUCUCCAGUCAAAUCACACAUUGACUCAUUUGUGCUUAGCUGAUAAUAAGAUCUCACAUAUCGGAGUUGAAGCCUUAGCAGAAGCUUUAAAGUUCAAUAGAGUAUUGGAGGACUUGAAUAUCGCACGGAAUAACAUUGGUAAUGAGGGAGCCGUAGCACUUUCUCAAGCUUUGGUGUCUAACCGAAAAUUAAGGUGCUUAAAUUUUUGUACUGAAUAUCUUUAUGGGCCUUUUGUUGAUGAAAGGUUAAAAGAUAUUCAUGAACAACGUGUUAGUGACUUAUCAUUAGCUGAGCUUGGAAAGGCUAUUCAGUCAAACUAUUCUCUGACUCAUCUAUACGUGGGGUGUGCGCAAUUUCUUCCAAAUUUCUUGAGUAUGGUGUAUUCCAAAGUUAUAAUGCCUUUUUUUGGUGAUUCAUCAGCAAAAGCGUUUUCAAAGGCUCUUCAGUCAGGUGACACUCAGCUGGCCCGUUUAGCUCUAAACCAUAUCUCAAUCAGCUCACCUUGUGUUAUAAUCCUAGCAGAGGGUCUCAGGGUCAAUGGUACUCUUGAACGUCUAGAUUUAAGUCAAAACCGCAUUGACUGUUCAGGUGCAGUAGCUCUUGCGCAGGCGCUGAAAACAAAUCAGACCCUGACGCAUUUGCAGCUGAGAGAAAACUUUAUCAGCGAUGACGGGGCUAAAGAAUUUGUAGAGGUUCUUCAGCGCAACAAGACUUUGAUGUUUUUAGGCUUGAUACAAAAUCCGAUGACUAAGUCAGGAAGAGAUCUCUUCGAGGUUUUGGGCGGCCGAUUGGAACCGGACGAAUGUAGGUCCGUUGUUUUCACCCCCGGCGUAAAGUGGAUUAGGAAUUCAUGAACAUUACCUGCCCGUAGAAUUUGUCUCGCUGUUAUGAGUAGGUCCAAACAGGACUAAAUGAAAUAUUAGAAUUUUGGAACUUCAUGCGAGCUGUCCUCAUUUUUUUUUCAGACUUCUUGCUCCAGCAGUCUGGGUUUUUGUAUCAUUACAGAGCGAGAGCGUUCAGAAAUACUAGUGUGUAUUUGAAGAGAGUCGUUCAGUUGUAGAGAAAUUUUUAGUUGUGAGAUGUAAGUUAUCCGAGAUUUCUUUGGUUUUCGUCUACUACAUUGUGUGAUUAUUUCAGAAAUCUCGCGCCACUUGUUAAACCAAUCAGAUACAAAACUAAAUAAC